UCGAAAUUCAUUAAAGAAAAACCACUCAGAAAUACCGGAAACGAAACCCUAAAAAAAAAAAAAAACUCCAAAAUAUCGCGAUAAGUAAUACGAAACUCCCCAAAAAUCUUUUAUUGCAGCCUCCGUUUUUCUCUCCGUCGAGAUAGAAGAGAAGACCAAUCUCUCCCUCGCUGUCGACGUACAGAACCACACAACAUUUUUCUUAUCCUCAUGGUACGAGAAAAAGAUGUUUGUUGGGAAUAUGCUGAAAAAUUAGAUGGAAACAAGGUGAGGUGUAAAUUCUGCCUGAGAGUUCUGAAUGGAGGCAUUAGUAGGUUGAAGCAUCAUCUCUCUAGGCUUCCAAGCAAAGGCGUAAACCCGUGUAGCAAAGUAAGGGAUGAUGUGACUGAUAGGGUGAGAGCUAUUAUAGCAUCAAAGGAAGAUGUUAAGGAAACAUCUAGCACCAAAAAGCAGAAGCUGGUGGAAGUGAAAUCUCCCGGAAAUGUUUCUGCGAGCAAAGCCCUUGUGUCUACAGACACAACAUCUCCGGUCGCAAAAGUUUUCCCAGCUGUCACUCCCGUAGCUCCUCCCUCUUUGAACAGCCAAGAAAAUGCGGAGAGAAGCAUUGCCCUGUUCUUUUUUGAGAAUAAGCUGGAUUUCGGUAUUGCUCGCUCUUCGUCCUAUCAGCUAAUGGUUGAUGCCAUAGCAAAGUGCGGUCCUGGAUUCACCGGUCCAUCCGCUGAAACUCUCAAGACUACAUGGCUGGAAAGGAUCAAGUCAGAAAUGAGCCUACAAUCAAAAGACAUUGAGAAAGAAUGGAUGACAACAGGCUGCACUAUAAUUGCCGAUACAUGGACUGACAACAAAUCAAGAGCUUUGAUCAACUUUCUAGUUUCGUCGCCCUCCAGGACCUUUUUUCACAAAUCCGUUGAUGCAUCCGCGUAUUUUAAGAACAUGAAAUGCCUUGCUGACUUAUUUGAUUCAGUCAUUCAAGAUUUUGGCCCGGAUAAUGUUGUACAGGUUAUAAUGGAUAGCAGCUUCAACUAUACCGGUGUCGCAAACCACAUUUUGCAGAAUUAUUCAACGAUUUUUGUGUCUCCUUGUGUUUCUCAGUGCUUGAAUCUAAUCCUAGAGGAAUUCUCAAAGGUAGAUUGGGUGAAUAGAUGCAUUUUACAGGGUCAAACCAUAUCAAAGUUCAUAUAUAACAGUGCCUCUAUGCUUGAUCUAAUGAAAAAGUACACUGGAGGACAAGAACUCAUUAGGACCGGUAUUACGAAGUCUGUAUCCAGCUUCCUUUCACUACAGUCUAUCUUGAAGCAAAAGUCGAGGUUGAAGCAUAUGUUUAAUAGCCCUGAAUACUGUACAAACUCCUUGUAUGUAAAUAAACCACAGAGCAUAUCAUGUAUUUCCAUCGUUGAGGAUAGUGAUUUCUGGAGGGCGGUGGAAGAAUCCGUGGCCAUAUCCGAGCCUUUUCUGAAAGUGUUGAGGGAAGUCGCCGGAGGGAAGCCUGCGGUGGGUUCUAUAUACGAGUUAAUGACAAGGGCAAAAGAAUCUAUAAGGACGUACUAUAUAAUGGAUGAAAACAAGUGCAAGACAUUUUUAGACAUAGUAGACAGGAAGUGGCGAGACCAACUCCAUUCACCUCUACAUUCAGCAGCAGCAUUUUUGAACCCUAGCAUUCAGUACAAUCCAGAAAUAAAGUUUCUUAGUUCUAUAAAAGAAGACUUUUUCAAAGUUCUGGAGAAGCUACUCCCUCUUCCCGAAAUGAGACGCGAUAUCACCAGCCAGAUAUUUACUUUCACAAAGGCGAUGAGUAUGUUCGGCUGCAGCCUAGCUAUGGAGGCGAGAGAUGUGGUUUCACCUGGGCUUUGGUGGGAACAAUAUGGUGACUCUGCGCCCGUGUUGCAACGAGUUGCAAUCAGAAUACUUAGUCAAGUUUGCAGCAGUUUCACUUUCGAGAGGCAUUGGAGUGCAUUUCAGCAAAUCCACUCCGAGAAACGCAAUAAGAUCGAUAGAGAAACGUUGAAUGACCUUGUGUACAUAAAUUACAAUCUCAAGUUAGCUAGACAUACAAGAACGAAAUCUAUAGAAGCCGAUCCGAUCCAAUUCGACGAUAUUGAUAUGACUUCAGAAUGGGUAGAGGAGAGUGAUAAUUCGAGCCCGAGUCAGUGGCUCGAUCGGUUUGGUUCUGCUUUGGAUGGGAGUGACUUGAAUACAAGGCAGUACAAUGCUGCGAUAUUUGGUUCAAACGAUCACAUAUUUGGUUUGUGAUUCGGAAACCACAAGGCUUCUCUGUCUCGGCAGAUUAAUGACUUGAUAUAGUGGCCUAUUGUAAUGUUCUAUUGUUUCCUGUAUAUAAGUAGAUUUGUUCCUGCUUUGUAAUUUAUUCGAUGUCUGAAAUACUUAAUUGGGUGGAUAACAAUCUCCCCCAAAUCUGUGCAAUUAUGUUGCUUCUUUGUUAUUUCGCUUUGCUGUGUAUACGUAUUACGUACGGGCAUCAGGACUUUAUACACAAACAAGUUGU